AUGGCACCCAGCACAGUGAUAUGUAUCGGUAUGGCCGGUAGUGGUAAGACCACAUUUAUGCAACGUCUCAACUCCCAUUUACAUUCCAAAAAGACCCCACCGUAUGUGAUAAACCUUGAUCCCGCGGUAUUGAAAAUCCCGUUCGGGGCAAACAUUGACAUCAGAGACAGUGUCAAGUACAAACAAGUCAUUGAACAAUACAAUCUUGGUCCUAAUGGUGCAAUCGUUACAUCAUUAAACUUAUUCAGUACCAAGAUCGACCAAGUCAUCAAGUUGAUUGAGAAGAAGGGGGACAGUGUCAACAACGUGAUUAUUGAUACACCAGGACAAAUUGAGUGUUUUAUAUGGAGUGCCAGUGGUGCCAUCAUAACUGAAGCAUUUGCCAGCACGUUCCCCACUGUGGUUGCGUACAUAGUCGACACACCUAGAAAUACCAGUCCUGCCACAUUUAUGUCCAAUAUGCUUUAUGCGUGUUCGAUAUUGUACAAGACAAAAUUGCCCAUGAUUGUCGUUUUCAACAAGACCGAUGUUACCGAUUGCCAGUUCGCCAAGGACUGGAUGAGUGAUUUUGAAGUGUUUCAGCAAGCAUUGAAAGAUCAUGAGAAUGAGGAUGAAGGCAGUGGAUACAUGAACUCACUUAUAAAUUCGAUGUCGCUCAUGUUGGAAGAAUUUUACAGUCAAUUGGACGUGGUUGGUGUCAGUUCAUACACCGGUGAUGGGUUUGAUGAGUUUAUGCAAGCCGUCGAUAAUAAAGUCGAUGAGUACAAUGAAUUCUACAAGGCAGAAAGAGAACGGAUCUUGGCCAAGAAGGCCGAGGAUGAACAAAAGAGAAAGGCUUCCAGUUUGAACAAGUUGAUGAAGGACAUGAAGAUUGAUGGCGACACCGACGUGCUCAGUGAUUACGAAGACGAGCCAGAUGAAAACCAAGGCGAAGUGUUGCGCGAUGAAGACGAUGUCGAGAGAGAGUACACUUUCCCUGAAGAUCGUAACUCCGAAGUCAACGAACAAACCGAUGCCGACUUACAAGCAAGAUACCAAGCUGCGUUUGAAUCUACUGCUAAGACCGCCUCUUCCAAGACGGCCGAAUCUAUUGCUGCCUAUAUAAACCAAAGUCAAUAG